AUGAGAACCUCGUUCUCUAGUUUAUUGCCGGCCCUGCUGCUCUUAGAAUAUGCAGCAGGGUCAACCCAAGAGCCUCUACACGACAGCGCGCCGACUGAUGUCGCUGGCGAAGCUCAAUACCAAGAAUAUGUAUUUGAAUCGGGAGAGCAUGGACCUCGGCCUAUAAGUGACCAGGUUCAGAAUGCCUGGAACUCACUACGGUCGAUCAAACCCUCUGUUCCUCAAAUCGAGAAGCCCAGCGGUAUACUCGGCUACACCUUGCACUAUGGCCGCGAAGCCUUCCGGAUAUUGUUCAUGAAUGGUCCCGUUACAGAUAACACCGAUCGGAGGAUCAACCCGACCGUCGCAAAGGCUGUAUUGGAGCUGAGAGAAGCAGCGGAGAAGGAUCAGGACCCGGAUGCGAUAUUUCUUCUUGCGGAGUUGAAUUUCUACGGAAACUUCACACACCCACGGAACUUCAGCGAGGCUUUCAUGUGGUAUAACGGUUUAGCAUGGCUGGAUGGUAACACUACGGCUCAGUCCAUGGUCGGAUUCAUGUAUGCGACUGGUGUUGGUGAGGCGGUUGAGCGUGAUCAGGCUAAAGCGCUGAUGUAUCAUGAAUUCGCUGCGGAUGGAGGAAAUACACGAUCGGAAAUGACGCUUGCAUACCGUUACCAUACUGGAAUCGGCACGCCCAAGGAUUGUGAACAUGCUGUCAUGUAUUACAAAAGGGUUGCUGAUAAGGCCAUGGAUUAUUAUCGAUCUGGUCCACCUGGCGGUCAUGCUAUGAUUAGAGAAUCUUAUCGAUGGGCAGAUGAAGAGGGUGGUGUUUAUGGGGAAGGGGCUAGUGUUUCGAGCUCCGGACAUAAUGCGAAAGACCCCAACCAGGCCACUACUGAGUCUAGUGUGGAGGAUGUUCUAGAGUUCUUGGAUCUUAUGCAUCGCAAGGGUCAAUUGUCGGCUACCUUCACGCUGGGAAAGAUGAAUUACGACGGUGCUCGUGGAUUACCUCGCAACUUCCAUAAAGCCAUGAAGUACUUCAGGGCGAUUACUGGGAAAUACUGGAAGAAAGAUGGUACCGUUGUCUCUAGCCCCGCUCCUGGACUUGAUGCGGCGGCGGCUAAAGCUGCGGGCCAUAUUGGGUUGAUGUAUCUACGUGGCGAGGGAGUAAAACAGGAUCCCGCUAAUGCCAUAGCCUGGUUCAAGCGAGGUAUUGUCAACGGGGAUUCGCUUUGUCAGUACCAGAUGGGCUUGAUGUACCUACAUGGUAUUCAUGUUCCUGAAGAUGCAUAUGGGGCAUCCUCAUAUUUCAAGGCAGCGGCAGAUGAUGAUUUACCAGCUGCUCAGACGAGACUCGGUGCUUUAUUCUUAGAUCAAGGAGAUGUACCUACCGCCACACGCUACUUCGAACUUGCCGCCCGCCACGGCUGGAUGGAGGCGUACUAUUAUCUCGCGGAGAUGGCCAAUUUUGGCGUAGGUAGGCAGCGUCAUUGUGGCGUGGCUGCUGCUUACUACAAGAUGGUUUCUGAGAAAGCGGAGGUGAUGCACUCAGCCAUCAAGGAGUCCAAUGAAGCAUACGAAGCUGGUGAUAAGGAGGCUGCGCUUAUUCCGGCAAUGAUGGCAGCGGAACAAGGAUACGAACAUUCUCAGGCUAACGUGGCCUAUAUCCUUGACGAGCAUCGCUCUUUGGUUUCACUCAGUAAUAUCCUUCCGUGGAUUAAGAAGUCAUCAUCUUCCUUACUGCGCAAUACUGCGCUCGCUUUGAUAUACUGGACCCGGUCAGCUAAGCAAGCCAACAUCGACUCAUUGAUCAAGAUGGGUGACUAUUAUCUUGCGGGCACUGGUGCUUUAUCUAGUGCAGAGAAGGCAUCAACCUGCUAUCAUAGUGCAGCGGAGGCACAUCGCAGUGCCCAAGCAUACUGGAACUUGGGCUGGAUGCAUGAGAACGGCGUGGCCGUGGAACAGGAUUUCCACAUGGCGAAAAGAUAUUAUGAUUUGGCUCUUUCCACUAACAAAGAGGCCUAUCUUCCUGUGAAGCUUAGUCUGCUGAAGCUGCGAGCUCGAGGAUAUUGGAAUCGUAUCACGAACGGAGACAUCAACCCAAUCCGUGACGAUGAAGAUGCCAAACCUCCACGUACUCUCAAAGAAUGGUUUACUGCCUUCCUUGAGAACGACGAAGCGGCUUAUUACCAAGAGCUCUACGAAGCCCACGCAAAUGAUGACGACUUCAUGGCGCCUGGCAUCGACUCUGAUCAUCAUGACGGCUACUACGAUGACCUUGAGUUUGAUAUUGAUGAAGGCAUGCUUGAAGGCCUGCUCAUUGUUGGAUUGGCAGCUACUCUUCUUGUGUUGCUGUACAUCCGACAACAGCAGCAGCGCAACCGGCAGAAUCAGAACGCUGCUAACCAAGGAAAUGGCAAUGGGAAUGCGAACGUGAAUGGAAAUGCAAAUGCCAACGCAGCUAAUGACCGAGGCUUCUUCCCCCAGCCUGGCGACCCUGAAUUUGCGCAGUGGGUGGCUGGCGGUGUGGGCCAUUGA